AUCGUUUUCCCAAAAAAGGAUUUGAACAGUCUGCACUCUGCAGCUACUAUAAGCGAUAAGCGUUGCUAACAUCACAGCUCACAGGGAAUCGGGGUACUUAAAGUUAUUAAUCGUUUUAUUCAGUUUUAUUCAUUAGUCAAGUCGUCAAUUUAAUCAAGAAUGUCAUCCACUUCACAGAAACAUCGUAACUUUGUGGCAGAGCCCAUGGGAGACAAGGCAGUCACUGACCUUGCUGGAAUUGGAGGAGUGCUUGGAGAUCGUCUAGAAAAGAAAGGCUUUGACAAAGCAUCUGUGGUAUUGGGACAGUUCUUAGUCUUGAAGAAGAACAAAGAACUGUUUGUAGAUUGGCUAAAAGACACAGCUGGUGCCAAUGCCAAACAAGCAGGAGAUUGCCACCAAUGUCUCUCAGACUGGUGUGAUGAAUUCCUCUAAUAUUUUUACUUCAUUUGGGUAUUAGUCUGUCCCCAGAUUUCAUCCCAAACUCACCUUCCAUCGUACAUAUUUCCAGCACACUAUACUUCGUACUUUUAAUAACCUGCUCCGCGCUGCCUUGAUGUAAUGGGCUCUCCAUCGUAUGUCUUUUAAAUUACGCAUGUGUGUAUGUCCCUUAAAAAUCUACAUACAAGUUAUACUUCUGGAACUAAAGACUUAACCGAACGAUAACAAAAAUAUAAUUAGUUCAAUGUGUA